GUCCCAGAUAAGCGUUAAAAAGCGCAUCCAAUCCAAAUGCUCCUCAGAACCCAAUCGUUAUCGCUCUUCAUCUUCAACCAAUCAACAACAGAAACCAGAGCGCAUAAAACCCAAGCAUUUCAGAUCAAACCCACCAAGCAAGAUUCGAAGUUUGACAUUUUCGACGACCCCACGAUGCGUUCUUCAUCCAAAACGGCGAGGAAGCUGCAGGUGGCGUCGCCGGUGCCGGCGGACAUCGACAUUGCCAACUCUGUCGAGCCUCUCCACAUCUCUGAGAUUGCAAAAGAGCUUAAUCUCAGUCCCGAUCACUAUGAUCUUUAUGGAAAGUACAAGGCCAAGGUUUUGUUAUCAGUGAUUGAUGAACUGAAAGGAUCUGGAGAUGGUUAUUAUGUGGUGGUUGGAGGGAUUACUCCUACCCCUCUUGGAGAAGGCAAGUCAACCACUACUGUUGGACUCUGUCAAGCUUUGGGUGCUUUUCAGGAUAAGAAGGUUGUUACUUGCCUUCGUCAACCAUCACAAGGACCAACUUUUGGAAUCAAAGGGGGUGCAGCGGGUGGUGGUUAUAGUCAGGUGAUCCCAAUGGAUGAGUUUAAUCUUCACAUGACAGGAGAUAUUCAUGCAAUAACAGCUGCAAACAAUCUUCUGGCUGCUGCCAUUGAUACUCGGAUUUUCCACGAGGCAACCCAAUCAGAUAAGGCUCUACUGAACCGGUUGUGUCCACCAAACAAAGAAGGAAAACGGAGUUUCAAUGACAUCAUGUUUAGACGUCUAAAGAAGCUUGGUAUCUCCAAGACCAUGCCCGAGGAGCUUACACCGGAAGAAGUUAAGCAAUUUGCUAGGCUUGAUAUUGACCCAGAUUCCAUCACAUGGAGAAGAGUAAUGGAUAUAAAUGAUCGGUUCUUGAGGAAGAUUUCAAUUGGCCAAGGCCCUGACGAGAAAGGGAUGGUAAGAGAAACGGGAUUUGAUAUUUCAGUUGCCAGUGAAAUAAUGGCAGUUUUGGCCCUUACAACAUCUCUAGCGGAUAUGAGGGAGAGGCUUGGGAAAAUGGUGAUUGGAAACAGCAGGGCCGGUGACCCUGUAACUGCUGAUGAUCUUGGUGUUGGAGGUGCAUUAACAGUGCUAAUGAAGGAUGCUAUUAACCCUACAUUAAUGCAAACUCUUGAGGGAACCCCAGUUCUUGUUCAUGCGGGUCCUUUUGCAAACAUUGCACACGGGAAUUCCUCUAUUGUGGCUGAUAAGAUUGCACUGAAACUGGUAGGACCAGGUGGGUUUGUAGUCACAGAAGCGGGUUUUGGUGCUGAUAUUGGUACUGAGAAGUUCAUGAACAUAAAAUGCAGAUAUAGUGGUUUAACACCACAAUGUGCAGUUAUAGUUGCAACUAUAAGGGCCUUGAAAAUGCAUGGUGGCGGGCCUGAUGUUGUUGCCGGGAAACCUCUUAACAAGGCCUAUGUAACUGAGGAUGUGGCUUUGGUUGAGGCGGGUUGUGUGAAUUUGGCCAAGCAUAUUUCAAACACAAAAGCCUAUGGAGUGAAUGUUGUUGUUGCUGUGAACAAGUUCUCAACUGAUAGUGAAGCAGAACUAAAUGCAGUCAGAAAUGCAGCAUUGGCUGCUGGGGCAUAUGAUGCCGUUAUUUGCACUCAUCACGCCCAUGGUGGAAAAGGAGCGGUGGACCUAGGAAUUGCAGUUCAGAAAGCCUGCGAGAAUGUUACACAACCACUGAAGUUUUUAUAUCCUCUGGAGUUUAGUAUUAAAGAGAAAAUAGAAGCAAUAGCCAAGUCAUAUGGCGCGAGUGGUGUUGAAUACUCAGAGCAGGCUGAGAAACAAAUUGAGAUGUACAGCAAGCAAGGGUUUUCUGGUCUGCCCAUAUGCAUGGCGAAAACCCAGUAUUCGUUUUCACAUAAUGCUUCUGAGAAAGGAGCCCCCACGGGAUUCGUCUUACCGAUAAGGGAUGUAAGGGCUAGCAUUGGAGCUGGAUUCAUCUAUCCUUUGGUGGGAACAAUGAGUACAAUGCCAGGUCUUCCAACUCGCCCUUGCUUCUAUGACAUUGAUCUUGACACCACAACCGGAAGGGUCAUCGGUCUUUCUUGAAGAUAGUUCUGCAUUUGGCUCUCCAUUUGUUCAAGCUUCUGUUGUUUAUGCUUUCUUGUUGUGCAAGUUUUCUGUAUCACUAGUUAUUGAUUUUGCAAAUAAAGAAAUCUCUGAGGUUAAUAAUUAUCUUAUUGUAUGGCAAGAGUUGUUUGAAUACAACCACGCAUUGUUGUUUCAAUGCCUAGUUCAAUCUUGUGACAAUUGAUGAUAUCUAUAACAGUUGGGCCGAAGUGCUUUCAUUUUUCA